GGCAACAGAGAAAUCAAACUUAGUAACAGCAUGUCGUGUCGUGUCUCCAAAAACUUUCUGUUCAGCCAUGUUAUUGCUUGGGUUUCUUAACGAAGUUGCUGACGGCUUUGUCCGUUAAAUUGACUGAGAUGAAAAAGAAGAGAUAAACUUUGGAGAGCUGUUAAAGCUUGAUACUUCUUGAAUAGCACGCGGUGUAUUAAAGACAUUUAUGCAAAAUAUAAGCUUACACAACACGAAUAAGAGGCUGAAAAGAUGGAUGCAUUGCCAGACUUGAAGGAGUAUAUACCAAAUCACAGAUACAUGUGUCCAACCAAUGCUGUCGAUACGAACAACAGAAACAUUAGCAACAGCAAUAACAAGAGUGCAACUACUAACAGUAACAAUGACAUUAUGACUUAUCUAUCGUCAGAUUAUAAUACAUUAAAACAACUUCUACAGUCGUCACAAUCACAACAACUUUUAACAAAAAAUGCGCUCUCGCCGAAUGGCACUUUCAAAUACGUCGAUCGAGAAUCAGUGAAGGGAACCGCUAAGAAGUACAACUCGUAUUCAAAAUCAAGUGCUAAUACUCGUGAUAGAAUUCGACGUCCACUGAAUUGUUUCAUGGUUUUUUCGCAUUUGGAAAGGAAAAGAGUAGCUGAGGAACACCCUGAACUUCAUAAUGCUGACCUUAGCAAAAUAUUAGGCAAACGUUGGAAAAACCUUACGGCAGUUGAGCGACAACCAUACAUUGACGAGGCUGAACGUAUCCGUCUGUUGCAUACAGAAAUAUACCCAGAUUACAAAUACCAACCCAAAAGGAAAAUUCAAAACACAGGUAAGCGAAUGCAAAAGAAAAUGGAAGGCGAAACUGCUAAGUCAGAAACCAAACAAGAAAAUGAUGUUGGCCAGGAAACCAAGAGCAAAUUUCCGCAUGACGUCAAGACAUCCGACAAAUCAAAAAGUGACGCGUCCUCUUCACAAUGUCAAAUUUCGUCUAAGAGCUUUGAAGGAGAGAAGAAAAGUUCUCAUGUCCCAGUAAAAGAAGAUUUCUUGCCUUCUUGUAAAGGUAUGGAAAACCCGAUUAACCAAACUCAAUCAGAUGAUAAUCAAAUUUUUCCAAAUACCUUUACCAGAUAUCCACCUAACUCAUCGUGUGCUCAAUUAACACCUGAUCUUAGUCCGGUAUCCUGCUACAAAGAACCCAUAUUCAAUGCAACACCAACUACAAGAAUGUGUGGGGCUCAAAGUUUGCCACCCACGCCGGAGAUUAGCCCGAAAGCAAUGAAUCGUGACGACUCUGUAUUUUGUUUUGACCCCAGAAACGUUAACAGCGACUAUCCGACACCACACUCCUUAAAACCUGUCAAUUAUCCCCAAGCAAAUUUACUUUGCAGCGUAAAUGGGAACAAAGACGAUAUUAUGUCUAAUCAAAACUACUACACCCAAGCUGAUGCUAUAUCCCAAAUGCAAUGCAACAACAAUUAUUACCAUGGCAACACACUACAGCAAGCUUAUUUUCAACCACAGCAAAUGUUUAAUAAUAGAAAUUUUCAGAUAAAUCCUAACCAAAUGGAUAGUAUGGAUCAAAUCUACAUGAACAAUAAUAUGGGUUAUAACAACAUGAAUUUUAACUGUAAUUUUGGAACGCUGAGUUGAUCUCAGAACAGUGGCAGCUAUAUAUAUUUUUAUAUAGCUAUAAAGAAAAAAAAGAAAACAUUUAUUGAAAAAUGAAAAAUGGGUUAAAAAGUUUAAAACCUUGACGAAAUAUUUCGAAAUAUAAUUUAUUUUUACAUAUUUGUUAGACGUAAAAAUGACAUGUCGAAUCACAUUAUACGUUGCUUCUAAAGUAGCAAUGUUUUGACAACCUCGUUUUCACGAGAGCUGUAAUGGGCGGAUUUCCACUUAUACAUUUUUAACGAAAAGAGUGCUUGAAAAUAAAAUCGAGCGAGAGAAAAAGUUAACUUGUUGAUUUCAAAAAGCGCGCGAGGGCGUGCUAAUACAUUGUAAAAAACAAAGUAGUAAUUUGAUUGGACAACUUUUUAGAGUUGGCGCGAAUUGAAAUAUAAGUUGAACAAAUGUAAUUACAUUUUUUUUUUUGUUAAGUAAUAAAUUUUUUCACAGAAAGUAACGUCAAAAGCAUUCGCAUUUCAUUGAACGCUGAAAAAGUAAGUGGAAAUCACUUUAUGUGUAUAUACUCCAAGAAUUUUUCUCUUAGUUUAUAUAUGCCAAACUUUUCGUUGUAUUAAACUUUUAAAUUAACCAGAAAAUUGGUUAAUUCCUAAAAUUUCCCCUGUUAGUAUACGGUCUGCCACGUAGGAAGCAAGGACUAAUUUUGCCUUUAUAGUAUCCGGUUAAAAGCACUCAUUCCAAUUUAUUAUUCAAAUCUUUAGUUACUUAUUUGUCUAAGACGUUACGUAUUUAAGAAAAGAAAAAAGGUCCAAGAAAUAACUGAUGACGUCAGCAUUUAAUAAAUAAUUAAAUAAAAAAACGGAAACGUGAUUUAUUUAUUUAUAUGUGGAGGAUGGUUGUGUGGGAGGGCUUUUUUUCGUUUUUUUUCUUUCUCUUCGUGCAAGAAUUAUAUUUUUUGGCACAUGUUUAAAACAAGAAUUUUAGAAUACUACUUCUUUUUCCCUUUAUAUACGAGACAACGAGAAAAACUUUUGAAAAUGUAAUUUUUUAAGAUAAAAGAUUUUUUAAAACGUUUUAGUGUUUCGACAUGCAAGUAAUGGAUAAAUUAUUAUAAAUAAUUAUUUUUUAUAUUUUAAAAUUAUAUUUUAAGCACUUCGUUGAAGAAGUUCGAAGUUUCCUUAGUUUUUCGAUCUUAUCAGUUACAAAGAAAAAAUAAUU